AUGACGUUGUCCUACCUUGGCCUGUCGGCUGUUGGCUGGGAUACUAUGUCUAGGUCUACAUGGAACAAGGUCAUUGGAAUUUUCUUGCUAGCCACCACUGUCCUGGCUGCACUGUAUCUAAUAUAUCGAUUAAUAUUGAUCCUAAGGGGCUACUUGAAAGGAAGGAAACAGCGAGUUACAGUUCCGAGAUCUGUUGCGCAACACAUCGCUCGAUUAAGACGCGGCGUCAAAUGUCUUGCGGUCGCCAAACCCGUAUCCGAAGAGCUCAAAUCUUUCGGAGUAUACCUGGGCACGAUCGACCAUCCUACCAGCCCCGCUCAAGCCCGCCUACUAUCGCAAUGGGACGCAGUCAUUCUAAACCCUUUCGCGAGCGGCGUCACAAGUGCCUUGUCCGCAUGCACCUAUACCUCCCCACGCACAAUGGGACGUGUGGAUAUUCAAUCACUCAUGGGGUUGGAGCAAGGCUCCAGCGCCGACCAAGUGAUUCGGGCGAUCCGCGCCCUGGACGAAGCUAUCGCGAAAUUCUUCAGAAACGGCGCUGAAGGAGAGUCUCCGUUCACGGGCAUCCUUUUGGCCAAUUUCUCCCAGCAUUUCUCGCCGGCUGUUUUGAAUCAACUGAUAAGCUACAUCAACGACCUCGGAUUCGAACUAUGGUUGGAGAUGUCAGGACCUGACUAUCUUUCGGACGAACAGUGCCGCGCGAUUACCAUGAAAUCAAUCGGAGGCAUCGUGUAUCGAAACGGCACUAUUCGGACCGACGGCGAACAACAAAAUUACCACCAGAUGUCAGGAAUGCGAACGGCUAUGAGGGCGAUUGCUGCUCAAAGAGUCCCUCAUGGCCCUCCCACAAUGCUUUGGGAAACGAUAAAUGACGGGGUCGAGCAUCAGUACGCCAUCACUCAACGCAGUUUUAUCUGGUGUAGGUACAACAGUGCGUUGUGCUGGAUUGGAUCUGAGUCUGCGCUAGUCGAUGUGGAGGUUGCUGCGACACAGACCAUAAGCGAGAAGCCAUUAGGUGCUCUGAUGUGGAUGAAGAACGACAAGAACAUGAAAGCCCACAACACUUGGCGCGCCAACGACAAGAUAUCCCCUGCUGUGCGCGACAAUGACGAGAUUUACGCUUCUCUCAAUGCAUUCAUCCCGGAACUGUCCUCGAGGCUGCGAUUCACCCCCCAGACAGGAAUUGCACUUCCUAUGGAGCCCACAGGCGCGAUCGGAGACCGCGUACGUUUCUCCCAGGCCCUCAAAGACCCGCGUACGAAUCCGCUAUCGAGAUCAGCAGACGGUACCGACUACACUGGUCUAGGCUGUUUUCAGCUGGGGCUUGAGGCUAGCUCUGAAGAGUUCGAAGAGCUUCUUCAAGCACAGCGUCAUCUGAAAGAUCUCAACCUCCUCCAAGAAGUCGAGGCAGAAGAGCUUCAAUCUUUCAAACAGCAGAUUCAAGCGCUGCAGAAUGCCCACGGAUCCCGAGCACUGUCCUUGGCCGCAUCCACAGCCACUGAAGAUCUCCUGGCCAUGCUAGAAUCUUCUGAAAUGGCGCAGCUUAAUGUAUAUAUAGGACUACAUUCUGGUUUCCAGACCAACGCGGAUGUCCAAUUCUGGGGCCUGUACGAUCUCGAUGCUAGUUAUGGUGGAUUGGACAUUUAUCUUUCUGGAUUUACACAAGACCGCGCAAGCACCAUCCUUCACACUUUUCUCUCUAGCCGAGGAUGCACGCGUGCUGAGUGCUUAAUGGCCGAGUUCGCAAUGGCCGAGUUGAACGGUACACUUUCAAAAACCUGGCAUCUACCUGAGCGCAUCGUAAGCGAUAUUGAGAAGCUCUCUCCCGCCGAGACAAUUCUCCUUCGCCAGCGCCUUUUACCGAAGUCUCAAGAGGAUUCGUUCCUGCUUGCUAGGCUUCGUGCUUGCUGCGAGUACCAGCUUUUGGAACGUCCUUCAAUGAUGCAGCUCCGAGCCCUGAAUGCUCAGGAAUACCUCAGCGGCAGAAUUUCGGUCGAAAGCCUGGUUCAUUCACGACUCGACUGGCUCCAGGACCAAGGAUGGGCCUACUCAGAUCCCGCUAUAGCUGUUGAGCUCUUCAAGGAGGUGGGCGCUCGUCUUCAUCAGGUCCUAAUGGAAGGCGACAGCGAGCUUUAUGAGCGACUCAGCACUGCUAUUCAGACGAUAAUGCAGAAGGAUGAAAUCGAUGCAGGGGCCGAUUUUCUUGCCCUAGCAGUCUUCUGCGCUUUCCGCAAACUCUCUCUCGACGAGAUUUACCUGGAGGUCCUGGAUCGUAACGCCUUCCCCAACCAUUCAACGGAUCAAGCAGGUGUUUUUGCUGAGAACUUUGCGGUUGGCUCACGAUGUGACUCCUUCUUCGACUUCACGCCAAGAGUCCUUGGUGUAAUCCUUGCUGCCCGCUACCGUGAAUACUUUUCGGUUCAUCAGCCGCCGGACCGGAUAGAUGGCUACACUGAACUCCCCACUGCCUACGCUGCUAUGCAAGUGGACACCGAUACUGAAUUCAAAGACAAAGCUUCAAGCCUUUACCAGGUUACGUUUCUGGGUAUCUUUGCUGUUCCUGCCCUCAUCGAUAUCUUCUUGCUUACGACCAUCGGAAGAGGACUUUACCUAACUACUUUCAUGACCUCGAACCAGAAAACAUUCGCUACUACCGCGCUCAUGAUUGCCCUUUUGAUAUGUGGUUCCAUUGGAUCUUGGAUAUCUUCUGGAGGAUGUUACUACAUCUACGCAAGCGCAUUUCCGGCUAUGAACAUGUUCGUUAUGACACGUUUCGUGGCUGGUGUUUCGGUAAUUCUGUUUGGCGCCGUCAUAUCGUUUGUGGUUAUCUCAAUUACCCAUAAUCCUGGGGAUGCGGCAGUAUUUGUCUUUUACUUUUCCAUGCUAGCAACAUACCUGCUGGCAUUAUCCGCGCUAUCCAUCUACCAGAUACCCGGAUCCAGCUUCCAAUCCGGCCGCACAGUCAUCAUGAUGUGCAUACCAAUCCUCUUCAUCUCGCCAGUUUUGACAAUAUUCGUCCAGCAUGAUAUAGCGGUAUAUCUCUCGGUCCUCUCGAUUUUCCUGUUCUCGUUACUUUUCGGGGCUCGCCAGGUCAUGUCAAACUGGUCGACAUGGUAUCUGAACAUUCCGGUUGUCACUGAUGCUGAGGUUGUAACUUGGUAUACGAAGAAGCAUGACACCGUGGCUUCCGGAGAUGAUAUGAAGAGACUAAGUGCAACCGGUCAGCCAAGAAAUGAGCUCCAUGCCGCUGUCCUCAAGGAAUCCAACCGCUCCUUCUGGAACGUGAAGACCAAGGAUCCACUCGUGUCGAAGCUGGCCGCUGGAUAUGCGUCAACGAGGUUUCUGAUGACUUGGUACUGCCGCCACAGAAGAACAGCAAUGCCACUAGCUUAUAGCCCAACGUGGAACCUCACGCUAAAAGCUGGUCUUGAAAACAUCACGAAUAUGCAGAAGGGUCUCAAGCUUCACAAUGCCUUCCUCCAUUGGCGCCACACUGGAUCGGACGUUUGGUCCGGCAUCCUAUAUUUCGUUGUUGCACUGACCGACAAGUGGGCCUCGCUUUUCACCAACGGUGGUCUUGUUGGUCUUUCUGCAGCUAGCACCGAGACGUUCCGUUUAGCCGUUGGGUUCGGCUUGUGUUACUAUCUCAUCGGCGCGGUAUCUUUGGACACCGUGUCGCAACCUCUCUGGAUCGCCGCAAACGAGAAAACAGUUCAGCGAAUCACCUCUCUCAAAUCGCUACGGGAAGCUACCACGAAUGAUGCGAGCGCGAGGCGACAGCUCUACUUCAAGAAUCUUACCAAGUUCUUCUUCCUACAUCUUUGGGGCGUCGCAAUUACUGCUGCGCUGAUGUGGACCUUUGACAGCGCUAUGGAGGCCAUGGUCCUGUAUCUGGCAUAUAUCGGUGCUUACACCGGUUUACUUUUCUACCAGUACAACAAAAUAUUCUGCGGUAAUAAUGGUGCGAAGUCCCUCGCGCUGGCUUCAAUCCUUGGUAUACCAGCUGGUAUCGUCCUACAUCUCAAACUGGAGCAUUGGGCAUAUAGUGGUGUCACAGGCCUGGGCUUUGCUACCUGGAUCGCUGGUCUUCACUCACUCUAUAUUACGAAUAUCGGUUUCCCGAACAUUUUCCAUAUCAAGUCUCUAUCGACACCUGUAGCAGCGUCUCUAGACGAGACUGACUUCAAGGAGAAGCCACUUGCCUACUCUUGUAGCUCCAUGGAACCUUAUCCAUAUCUUUCUCAGGCCACUCUAGCGAAGUCUUUCGAGUCCAUUCAGUACCUCCCAACGGAGCAGCGAUUUCAGUUGAAACCCUCCGAACACCCCGGUGCUCGUGUACUGGAAUUCCUAGUUCACCGCAGCAAAGCUCCCAGGCCCGAAGUCGUCAAUGCCGCUUUUCCAUUAGCACAGCAAAUGAUCGAACGUGCUGUAGAGCUUUGGAGCGCGGGUAGCACGGUCAUUGAGUUGGUGAGCGCCAGCUGCUUUCCCCAAAGCGAACAAAACUUACGAUCUAUCUCUCGGAAACACGGCGACGAGCUCCACGUCCUCGUAGCGCUUGGCACGAAAUCUACUGACUGGACUAUGGAUAUCCACCGCAACUCAAGGAUCAUCGCCGAAGCUCUAAUGCAGGCGACCUGUGAACAUCAUCUAGGGAUGUCGCACGACCACUCCAUGCUCGCACAACUGGUUGCUGUCGACGAGAUCCAUAGCAAGGAAGCCCAAAUCCCCGAAGGUUUCAAGCGCCAUCUUGAGACGUCGAUUAAGGAACGCGCCCGUGUUGUUCGCUAUGGCAACAAGAUGCUAAUUCGUCAUCUUUGUCUCGGAGUGAAUAUCGAGACCGAAUGGGACAAUCUGCCAAACGAGAUAAGAGCAUUUCUCCUCAAGCACUGCGCGGGUCAGUCAGAAACCCUUUCUGCCACCGAGGAAGCUUGGAUUACAUCAAGAACGCUAGCCACGGAUGGAUUCAACUGUGAUGAAUACAUUGCCCGGUAUGAUCUCAGCGCCGCUCUCGCCGCUUCCGUCAUCGCAUACGCCAAAUCGUUCGGCUCCAAUCGUGGCAAUAUCGGAAGUGACGUUGACAGUCUAUACUUGAACGAUGAAGAAGUCUUCGCAAAUUCAAACUUAGCCGUCGAAAUAGCUAAACGAGGUCCCUUCAAGCAAGUUUUGUUCCGUUUCACGAUGGUAUGGAAAGCUUGCAUCAAGUUCCUCAUCCUUGCACUUGUCGCCGAUCCUGAAUAUCAACGAGAACUGGAUUACAUGAUCGGGACGAAACCCAUGUUCAUUCACUGGCCAGUAACAUUCUUGCUUAACGGUAUCUGGAUGUACGUGAAGUUCUUACAAGGUCUCAUCAUUCCAGUGGUAUUGCUACAUGGGCGCGACAAUGUUAAAGAGCUCCGAAGCAACAUGCAAGGCAUGAAAACCGUCUUGAAGAAGAACCGAAUCGUCAUUGAGAACCUCCGGGGACCAUCAACCUGCUUCUGGUCGCGUCAAGAGGAUGGUAGCGUUCGCCUUCGUCAAUUCAUUGGCACGCACGAUAAGGAACCUGAAGACUCCAAACAGCUCGUAGCGAUCAACACCUAUGGCGACAAGUUUCUCCUUCGCCAACGCGAAGAGUACAAAGGCGAGAAAAUGCUCAAUAUGUUCACUUACGAAUAUCCAAAGGGUAAGAAGUCUAGCGGUUUACCACUACAGCGACAGUGUAUUCAAGGCAGGCUCCUUGGUGAAAUUGUGCAGUAUGACUGGAGAGGGUACAUCACUACUGGAUCGACGUUCCGCGACAUCAAUCCCGUUCAAUUCACUUACUGGUACCGCCAAAACGCCAAAUUCGAAGACGAGCUUCUUCGCGGAGAGUACGUCCUGCCUCACAUUACCAUCCGUAUAAUGUGGAGCAUGCCACCUCGCACCCGUCCCGAACGUUUAGAUCAUUGGGUACCAUUCCCGAAGGUCACUGAGGCUACCUUCAUCGAAGGCGAUGAUGUUUAUCAUUCCACAUGGGCGUAUGAGCACAAGUUCCAUCCAGAUAUAUCGACAACCCUAAAUGGAGAGCCCGUGGAUACGCCCAAGAUGAUUACAGAGGACUGGUUUCAUGUUCUGGACAAGCCACAGAAGCUUGGCUUCCUCAGCGACAAUCCGCUUAUUAACUUCUCUUCGGUUUCCUCAAACAUUGUCUCCCGGCUACUCGGCUUCAACGUUAAGCGCUAUCCCAUGUCAACCGCUCAUGCUCGAACGCAACUCUGGAAGCUAUGGAAAGGUGGGCGUGACCUUGAUGCGGUCACUGCUAGGUGGCUCGAUGAGGAUCUUCUACGUUCCGAUAGCUCUCUAAAGUCAUACUGGCGCAGCCGUGAUCUUGGAAUGCUUGAUCGUGCGACGAAUUUCCUUGACGAGCAUGCCGAUACUAUCAUGGCGAGAACUGAUGUCGACUCCGAGAUCAGUGCCUGGGUGCACGUGGCGUAUAAUAUCUCCGAUCUUUAUAGCUUCGGGUCCGGUGGCGACACGACAAUCAACACCCGAAAGCAUACCGGCGAAAUUCAGGACAGUGACGAUGAGUUGCACGUCAUGGCUAUGGAUACAUCGACCUGGCCCUAUGAGCCGGGCGGUGUUUCUGCUUGCCGUCGCGACAUGGUUAACGAUCUCAAGACAACGAAUGACUAUGGUGUACCAAAGUUCCAGAUUGAGCGAAACGUCAAGUCCCUCACUGUUUUGCCUCUCUGGGGUCUCGACUUUCUCAACCCAACUCACGGCAUGCUUGAAAACUGCCUCGACUCAGAAGUUGUCGAGAGGUCUUACGAUACCCGGACCUCUGACAUCCGCCAACAUUUUAUCCCAAUUCUGACUAGCCUGGUUCGAUGCGCACGGACCAACCAUCUUACCCGUCAACAUCUAGAAGAGGCUACCAAGGCACUUGUUGACCUCAACACGUACUUUGAAUCGUCUCGCAGUUGGAACGAUGUCUGGAGCAGCGAAAUCGUUAAGACUACUUGGCGUGAGCUUUGGCUGUCUGAAAACAUGCCAGACACCCUAACGGUUUCUCAAUGGUGGGACUUUGAAAAGCCGACUAUGCAGCAACUGGACCAAGCACUCAACUUGUGGUGUCGAUACCUCUUUAUAUUUUCUAUUCCGGUACCAGAGAAGCUACCCGACAUCUUCCAAGCAUCACACCAUUUUACCGGCGCGACGUUCGGUAUCCUGUGUAAGGUCAAACGUAAAGUCAGUCUUCAUGUUUGGGAUCACUGCAUCAGUUUCCGCGAAUUCACCAUUUUCAUGUCAUCCGCCGUAUCGUUCGACAUGCCGUUCGUUAACAGCUCCCUCAUGUCUCUCGGACACUUGGCCUGUGUUCUCCUUGAACAUCAUGCUGAUGUAGUCCUCCCAUGCUGCGACUACUACAAUCCCGGAUGGGAGGUUGAGCUAGGCAGUGCGGAGGGUUCACUCGAGCAUCGCCGAACUUUCGCUCGCAAGAUCGAUCCCGUUGUCAACGGAAUUUGCAACAUGGAAAAGUUUGAGCCUAUCAAGACUAUCAAGACCGACACCCCUACCGUAGUCAUGUUGUCGCAUGUCCAGUACGUCAAGGACAUCAAGAACGCAAUUUUGGCCACCGACCUUAUUGUGAACAAAUGGGGCUUCAAAGACUACCGGCUCCAUAUCUAUGGGGACAUGGAACGCGCUGCUGGUCACUCAACAGAAUGCCAGGAACUCAUCGCUGCCAAAGGCCUUGGUGAUUCCUGCGUGCUAAAGGGUCUCGGUAAUGCUUCACUUGUACUCCAGGACGCUUGGGUCUUCCUGAACUCCUCCAUCUCUGAAGGCCUACCGUUGGCUAUGGGUGAAGCCGCUUUAACCGGUGUCCCCGUCGUCUGUACUGACGUCGGCGCCUCAUACUGCGUUGUCACCGACCGCUCGACCGGUGAUGCUUUCAGUGAGGUAGUACCACCGAACGAUUGCGAAUCGCUCGCUCGCGCUCAAAUUAACAUCCUGGCACUUCUCGGCAAGUGGUCUUCUCACGCUGAAGAUGCCCCUGGUGUCUUGCCUCCCGUUCUCUCGUAUCCCGUCCCGACCGCCGACGAAGUCAGCGCCAUCUCCCAACGCAUGUACGACAAGAAAGACCAGCGUCGCAAACUCGGUAUGAUGGGUCGCGAGAACGUUCAAAAGAACUUCAGCUCAGAACGUUAUCUCCGAGAACACGAGCAGAUGCUCUGGAUCGGAAAGUACCGUUCGCCCAAUUAUCGCGCCGCGCUUCGCGCACACAACGCGACAACAGGCAAUGGCAUUUACGCAGCUGAAAAUCUGAGUGCAAAUAACUCCGCUACAUGGCUCGGUGCAGAGAAGAAGAACUUCGGUAUCUCCAUGACGGUGCUUCCUCGCCAGCUUAGCACGCCUAGAUUGACGCCGGAUAGGUGGAGUAGUGCCCCCAGUAGUCGGGCGAGUAGUAUCUGGAGGGGAAAGGAGACUGUUCCGUGGUAA